AAAACGUUGAAAUUUCUCAAACUUCUUUUGUGCUUUUUCAUUUCCAAUAAAAUGUCGGAGUUGCUGCCUCCGAUUCGAUCCUCCGAUUCGUGAAGGGAAAAACCCUAGCCAGCUCCAGAAGUUAUAUGGAAGUCUUACCCGCUGAAGAUUUAGAGAGAAUUGGUUUUGUUUCAUUCUGAAUUUAGCUAAAGUAUUGAUUGCAUUUUGGACUGUGUAGUAUUCAUAGCCUUUAGCUUCAAAUUUUGCAAAAAUGGUCGGAAAUACAUUAGUCAAGAUUUCAACAUGCCCCUCUUUGCUAUCUUCCACUUUGACCACCAUCCCACAUUCUUUUCUGAAAACUUUGCCAUAUCUGCCACCAAAACCAAGAACAAGGUUGGCAAAAGUUAGAGCUAUGUCUGCCAAUACUGAGAAUACCCCACCAACUGCUUCUUCAGAGCAAAAGAAUCCACUUGCAGUUGUUUUAGAUGUUCCUCAGAAUAUUUGGAGGCAAACAUUGCGUCCACUUAGUGAUUUUGGCUUUGGUCGUAAAAGCAUUUGGGAAGGUGGGGUUGGGUUGUUUCUUGUGUCAGGUACAGUGCUUCUUGCACUUAGUCUUGCUUGGUUGAGGGGGUUUCAGAUACGUUCUAAAUUCCGGAAGUAUCUGGCGGUGUUUGAAUUUGCUCAAGCAUCUGGUAUUUGCACUGGAACACCUGUAAGGAUUAGAGGAGUGACUGUAGGCAAUGUUGUUCGUGUUAAUCCCUCCUUGAAAAGUAUAGAAGCAGUUGUUGAGGUCGAAGAUGAUAAGAUUUUUAUACCUCGAAAUUCACUGAUUGAGGUGAACCAAUCUGGUCUUCUGAUGGAAACUUUGAUUGACAUCACGCCACGGGAUCCAAUUCCAUCACCUUCAGUGGGACCUCUCAACCCAGACUGUCUUAAGGAAGGCCUAAUUGUAUGUGAUAGGCAAAAGAUAAAGGGAGAACAAGGGGUAAGUUUGGAUGCAUUGGUGGGGAUAGUCACCCGUCUUGCUCGUCAAAUGGAGGAAAUUGGUAUUAUCAACACCUAUUCACUUGCUGAACGGGUUGCUGCUGUUAUUCAGGAUGCAAAGCCCCUGCUCACAAAGAUUGAAGCCAUGGCCGAAGAUGUUCAACCUUUGUUAUCUGAGUUUCGUGAUAGUGGUCUGCUUAAGGAGAUUGAGAAUUUGACCAGAAGUCUAACACAAGCAUCUGAGGAUUUGAGAAAGGUGCACUCAUCCAUUAUAACCCCUGAGAACACCGAAUUGAUUCAAAAAUCAAUUUAUACUCUGAUUUUUACUUUGAAGAAUAUCGAGAAUAUAAGUUCUGAUAUACUGGGAUUCACGGGUGAUGAGUCUACAAGAAAGAAUCUGAAAUCACUUAUCAAGUCUCUCAGCAGGUUGUUGUGAAGACAAAUAAAAACCACAUGGUAACUCAUUAGACAAGUCCAAACUCAAAACUGGUUUGUCUUUUCCAUUAUUAUAGGGGGAGAACUUCAAGUGGGGCUUCUGUUGUGUACUCUUUAUGUUCCAUUGCAAUUUCUUGGAAAAUCUUGAUGCUUGAGGUAUUUGUUGCAUACCUUCAUCUGCUGGAAAUGCAAAUUAAAUUUUGUCAAUUGUUUUUGCACUGCCUCAAUUAGUAGUAGCAAUGGCUUUUAGCAACAGUUGCUGAUACCAAAUACUGAUUUUAAGUAGAAAACGUUCUUGAGGUAUCCGGCUACAUGAGUAAAGGAAGUGCAUUUCAACAUUGUAGAACCUUUGCAGAGGUGGAAUCCCUCUGUUUUUCAUUUGAUUGAAUACUUUUUA